AUGUAUAAUAAAUACUCCAGCAUUAGAAGACUAAGGAAACCCUUGAUUUUGUUAUUAAUAGCUAAUACCCUAUACUUGUCAUUUUAUCAUUAUUUUAGCAAUAAUGAUUCACAGUUGACUUUGUUGAAUGUACCACUAGACUCGACUAAUCUUUUAGCGGAAUAUGCUACAACAGAUGCAAACUAUACCAAGGAAGUUGACGAGCUUGUGGCGAGUAUUGGAUCGCCCGUUGUGACUUCACAAUACCGUAUUCCAAGAAAAACCAAUCAAAUAUUUCAAGAUCCUAGAUUAACCUUUGGCUUAAUACUAAAUUAUGUUUACCAAAAUCCUUCGUCUAGCAUUCCAUUCCAUUGGGCUGAUUGGGUUGACUUGUCACUCUUGAACAACCAAUUAAAUAAGCCGGUUGAUAAACGUCUCAAAUGUGAAGAUAUUCUAAAUCAUAUUCACUUGCAAUUUGACAAAGAUAAAGAGUUGUGUGAAGAAAACACUCGCUAUUUUGGUUGUGCUGAUAGUAAACUGUUAAACCUAUCCCAACUACAAGAGUAUGGCGUUGAUUCAUACGAACAGUUACCAGGUUUUGUACAGUUUGAGCAUACUGUAUUUUCAGCAACCGAGUAUAUCAGAAAUUUGCAAGGAAAAACAUACGUGCUAACAAGUAUGCCUAUUCCAUAUAGUGUCAUAUUUAUGAACGAUAAGGGCGAGGAUCUUGUAUUUGAUGUCUAUAAAGAGAGACUAGAGAAAUUGAGAGACAGCUACAAGAAAUCUAAAAUAGAUCCAGUUGCUGAAUUUGAAAAGUUAACGGAAGGAUCUAACGUUUAUAAGCCAAAACCAAUAAUAGAUAUACCCUUGAGUGAAUUUGAAUAUGAAAAGGAUUUUGUUCUCGAAUCAAUAAAGAACUUGGAGGCAAAAUCAGACUUGAAUCAACACGAACAAUCAUAUUUGUGGUCGUUAAAAAAGUCUAUUGCGAUUCAAGAAUCUCUGGACCCGGAAACUAGAUAUUUUAAUGAAGCAACUAUGACUGUGGGUGAUGCGAACCAAGAUUCAGGGUGGCAUUACGAUUGGAGGUUUUUCAAUGGGAAACUCAAAGAUGGUGCACGAACUGCAAUUAUAUUGGAACGGUUACUUCGUAAUUGGUUUAGAUUCACUGAAAAGUAUGGAAUUGUUAGUUGGAUUGCCCAUGGUCCGUUAUUGAGUUGGUACUGGAAUGGGGCCAUCUUUCCUUACGACAACGAUUUAGAUGUUCAAAUGCCAAUAAAGCAGUUGGCCAAGUUAGGAGAAUUGUAUAAUCAAACGUUGGUAGUUGAAGACUUGCGCGAAGGAUUUGGGAAAUAUUUGAUAGAUGUGGGUACUUUUAUUCACAACAGGGAUAUAUCGAACGAUGGUAAUCACAUUGAUGCCAGGUUUAUUGAUGUGGACACGGGUGUUUAUAUUGAUAUUACGGGAUUGAGUAAUGUGGUAGUAAGCAGAGCAUCGAGAUAUGAUGGAAGAGAUAUCCAUGAUCGUCGAAAACACUUUUAUAAAUUGACAGAUUUGGCGCCAGUUAAAUUGUCAAUGCUAAACGGGGUCCCUUGCUACAUAACCAAUCACAUUGUUCAGAACCUUAAAAGAGAGUACCGUAGUGGAAUCACCAGGAAACAGUACCAAGAUUAUAUUUUUUCAAAUAAGCUUAAUAUUUGGAUCCACACUCUGGUUUUGGCUGAAGCGUUGGAAAAGAAUGACUACAUUAACAGUAGUGGCAAUAUAAGCAAUUUACAAAUGAAAUUUCUUAUUGAUGAAAUGACUGAUGAUCAGAUUUUUCAAAUGCUUUCGAAUAAUGAUCAGCUAUUGUUGGAUUAUCAAUUGGCUCGAAAUGCUAGGAAAUUUCAUGCCGAAGAACUCAAGUAUCUUACAACAUUUACCAGUAAAGGUAGAGCAAUUGACAACGACGACAUAACAGAGGAGUAUAAAGAGUUGCUAGACAUCGUGACUUUACAUAAACCUUUUAGGGAAUCAUUAUUUGAAUAUGAAAGAGUCAAUGGUAGGUUAGAUACGUUUUACGAGGAGUACAAUCAGGAGAUAGAUAGUUUAACAGUUUCAUAG